AUGCCGCCGCCAUCGCACCGACAUCGGACAGACAAGGGAGGGUCGACGAUAGUCAAGCCGACGGGGGCGGCGCCUCUUAAAAAUUUACAGCAGCGAUACGACACCGCGCUCGUCGUCGCGUCGACGGCCGGCAGCUGGGCACUCUCCCUCGUCGCGCUGUAUGCUCUCGACCACGUCGUGGCGCCGUUCGACUCGAGCCACCUCGUCGGAGCCGGCAGCGGCAAGCGCCCCGGCCUGCGCUGGGACGCGAUCCACUUCGUCGGCGUCGCGACGGGCGGGUAUGUGCACGAGCAGCAGCUCGCCUUCCAGCCUGGCUGGCACGGGCUGCUGCGGCUCUUCGGCUCGGCGGUCGCGAGCGUGCGCGGACGGGGCGUGGCCACUGUCACCACCGACGACGUGCUCGCCGGAGCACUACUUCUCAGCCUGCUCGCGCGCGUCGUGGCCAACCUCGCGCUGUACCAUCUCACCCGCACCCUCUUCGGCCGGCGCGCAGCACUCACCACGUCGCUGCUGUACGCGCUCCCGCCCGCCCCAGCGACCCUGUGCGCGCCGUACACCGAGUCGGUGUACGCCGCGUUCUUCUUCUCCGGCCUGUAUGCGACUGCUUGCCGGCGGUAUGUCGUCGCCGCGCUCCUGUUCGCUGGGAUGACGAGCGUGCGCGCGACGGGCGUGUUCGCUGGCCUUGUGCUCGCGUGGCAGGUCGUCGUGGUCGACUUGGACCUGUUCGCGGCGCUGCGGCGCGACGGUGGGGGCAUCGUGCCCAAGGCCCUUGCCCGCCUCGUGUACGCCGCCGCGCUCUACGCCAUCAUCGUCGCGCCGUUCCUCGCCUUCCAGGCCUACUCGUACCUCUCGUUCUGCGUGCCCACGCCCACGCGGCCCUGGUGCUCUGCGACCCUGCCAUUCGCGUACAGCUUCGUGCAGCGCGAGUACUGGAACGUCGGGCCGUUCCGGUACUGGACGCUGUCGCAGCUGCCCAACUUUGCCAUGGCGGGGCCAGUGCUGUACAUCACGCUCAAGGGCCUCUUCACGCACCUCGGAUCGAUUGCCUCGUCGUCGCUGAGCCGCAUCGCACACCUCGACACGGGCAUAUACCUCCACCAGCUGCUCAUGAUGGCGCUGCUCAUCGUGUCGUCGCACACCCAGAUCGCGCUCCGCCUCGCGGCCACCGACCCCGUCGUGUGGUGGACCGUCGCGGCGUCGGCUUUGGGGAACAAGGGUGAUCUCGGCAAGACGGCCAAGGUGUGGCUCUGGUGGGUGUGUAUCUGGGGUGCGGUGUCGCUCGUCCUCUGGUCCGGGCACUACCCGCCGGCGUAG